UAAUAAUUAGUGAAUUACUUCAUUCCAUGAUAUAGGUGACAUAUUUAAACCAACGAUAAGACAUAAUAGAUCAAAGCUCAUCUAAUUGCAAAAAAACUUUACUGAAGAACUGAGUACAUGAAGCUGAAACCUGAAUUUUUAUCACCACACUGAAUGUAUUUUAAAAUACAACUGAAGUCAAAGAAUGAACUUUUGACCUAUUGCGAAGAGCAUUCUGCAACUGAGCGUGAAAGCAGAAAAAAACCGGAAUUGCAAAUGAUAAUACGGUUGGAGGGGAGGGGAGGAGAGCAUGAGGGUGGGAGAGAACUCUGUGAUAGCUCAGUGGGGAAGGCUCUCUCGUCCAUUCCGGCUCCGACUUAGUUACUGUUGUGUUUGAUUAAGCCCCUGUCAAGAUGUGUGGAAUUUUUGCUUACCUGAACUAUUUGACUCCAAAGAGCCGCAAAGAAAUUUUGGAACUUCUGUUGACUGGUUUGAAGCGUUUGGAAUACCGUGGAUAUGAUUCAGCCGGUGUUGCAUUUGAUGCUGCCACUGGUAAAGACAUUACUAUUGUGAGGAAGAGUGGAAAAGUUCAAUCUUUAGAAGAUGAGAUUACAAAUCGUAUUACUGAAUUUGGUGUUGAGGACAUGACUGAUCUUCAUAUCGGAAUUGCACACACCCGUUGGGCUACUCACGGUGUUCCCUCAGAGUUGAAUUCUCAUCCUCAGCGAUCUGACCCUCAAAAUACAUUCGUCGUUGUUCACAAUGGUAUCGUCACCAACUACAAAGAUGUAAAGAUAUUCCUCACUAAGAAAGGAUACACAUUUUUUGAAUCAGAAACUGACACUGAAGUUAUUGCUAAGCUGAUUCAUCACAUUUAUACCCAACAUCCAAACUACUCAUUUAGGGAACUUGUAGAACAAGUCAUCAGUCAGUUGGAAGGUGCAUUUGCCUUGUGCUUCAAGAGCAAAUAUUUCCCCGGAGAAUGCGUUGCAACCAGACGUGGUAGUCCACUGCUGGUUGGAAUAAAAACAAAAACAAGACUUGCAACUGAUCAUGUACCAAUAUUAUACAGCAAAGAUCACCGACCUCAUGGCAGAGAGAUCCCAUUACUUCCAAGAUCUGAGUCUAGCUCAGAGUUCAAGCCUCUUGAAGACAAGGAAGUUGAGUAUUUCUUUGCGUCUGAUGCUUCCGCUGUCAUUGAACACACAAAUAGAGUUAUUUUCCUUGAGGACGAUGAUGUAGCAGCAGUAAAAGAUGGCCUCCUCAUCAUUCACCGGCUUAGGCGAUCACUCGAUGAUCCCCAUGCCAGGGAAAUCACCACCCUCAAAAUGGAAAUUCAACAAAUCAUGAAAGGAAACUAUAGUUCAUUCAUGCAGAAGGAAAUCUUUGAACAGCCAGAAUCUGUUGUAAACACAAUGAGGGGUCGUGUGAACUUUGAAACAAAGAAUGUUAUCCUUGGUGGUAUUAAAGAGUACAUCCCAGAAAUCAGGCGUUGUCGAAGAUUGAUGCUGAUUGGUUGUGGAACAUCUUACCACAGUGCCAUAGCUACUAGGCAACUACUUGAGGAACUCACAGAAUUACCUGUGAUGGUCGAACUGGCAUCUGAUUUUCUCGACAGAAACACUCCUGUAUUUAGGGAUGACGUUUGCUUUUUCAUAUCUCAAUCAGGUGAAACUGCAGAUUCUUUAAUGGCACUGAGAUAUUGUAAGCAGCGAGGAGCCCUCAUCAUCGGUGUAACUAACACAGUCGGUUCCUCAGUUUGCCGUGAAUCUCACUGUGGUAUCCAUAUUAAUGCUGGACCUGAAAUUGGUGUAGCCUCAACAAAAGCCUAUACAUCACAAUUUAUCUCUUUGGUCAUGUUCGCUCUUGUCAUGUCUGAAGAUCGCAUCUCUCUCCAAGAAAGGAGAGCUGAGAUUAUCAAAGGUCUUGAAAACUUAGAUGAACAGAUUCGUGAAGUUUUGAAUGUGGAUGAAGAUGUCAAAGCUCUUGCUAAGGAUCUCUAUCUGCAGAAGAGUUUGCUCCUGAUGGGAAGAGGUUAUAAUUUCGCAACUUGUAUGGAGGGUGCUUUGAAAUGCAUGAAUGCACUUCAGCAAGUAACAGCAAGAGAGUGUCGCCCAAUUGUUAUUUGUGAGAAAGGUGAUUUAGAAACACAAAGCUUUGCAUUAAAGUUUAUUGAAGUUCCUCAUACCGUCGAUUGUUUGCAGGGCAUCUUGACCGUAAUUCCAAUGCAGUUGUUGUCAUACCAUAUUGCAGUCCUCAGGGGCUGUAACGUCGACUGUCCGCGCAACUUAGCCAAGUCUGUCACUGUAGAAUGAACAUUGAAAAAACUGACAGAGAAACUCACUUCAUAUUCGCAUUUAAAGCAACUAAUGUUGAUAUUGCGGUUAAUGCAAUUUGUUAAAUGCAAAUUGUAUAAUAAUCGAAGGCUAAGAACUUUUCUUUUGUUUUCUGGAAAAUUGACAAAAAAGAAAAAGGAUGUUAUUUUAUCAUAUUAGGCCUGCCCAAAUGGAAGACUGUUAUUUUCAGUAUUUUUUGUUUAGUACCAGUUUAGUAAUGAACAUUGUCAUUCCGAAUUUUAAAAAAAUAUUUUUUAGGGACCAGACGGUUAAUAUUUUAAAUAGAUAUUUAGUAAAUAUCGCAGCAUCUUGUAAAGCCAUUAUACCAUUAACUGAGAAAAGCCAAUUUUAGAGCAAUUAAAUGAAUUUCAGUAAAUGCUUGUUAUAAUCUCUAUUUUUUUAUUUCCGUUAUUUGUUAGUGGAAUUGCGCACAUUAGCCAUUAUUAUGUUAUAAAAAGAAUGAAAAAAUUAGUUGUAGCAUCGAGUUACACUAAUAUGGAUUUGUAAUGUUAUGAACUUUAUCCAAAAUACAGAUGUUGCUUGUGUUAUAGCUUGCAUCGUGUAUUCUUUAUAAUUGUAUAUUGUUAUCGAGGAAAUAAUGAUGGAAAAUGUAAACAAUUAGUGCCAAGUACUUAAAAAAGUAUAAUUUAUUGUAUAUAGUGUAUUAAAAAAAUAUGUGCAAUACUUUUUUUUAAUAUAAAUUUAUAUAUAUCCAAAUGUCUUUCCUUUUUAUAUUUGUUAAAAAUGUGAUUUUUUUAAUAUAUUUCUCAGUUUUUAUUAUUGUUAUGGUAUGUUGUCUAUUUAUAGAAUACAGAGAUGUUGCCUUAAAUUUGGUUAUGGUACUGCCAUAUUUUUGUAUGAUAGCAAUAAACAUUGGAAUUUAUUUACUUUUUGUAAAAAUAAAAAAUCAUUUUAAUACAUAAUAAAUUACCCAAAGUACAUUAAUAUUAUUGUACAUAGGCCCACCCCAUAUUGCACCUUGGGUUACGACUUGUUCCUUUGUUAUUGUUUUAAAUAGGAAUUAUAAUUGUGAUUGAAAAGUAAAUGUAAAACUUCAUUUAAGGUUGGAUUUAAUAAGUCAGAAUAUAUAUAAAAAAAACAUUAAUUGACUCAUUCAUUGACCACGCUACAAAGAAGAGGGAGUGGUGAUUCAUCAAAUCUUCCUAAUAAUAUUGGUGGUAGAAAACAAACAAUUUAUUACUGCUUCCAAGGCCAAGUGUAAUAUAGUAUCCAGAAAUUAGAAGAAUUUGUGUAUUCACAUUAAUGCAGAGUUGAUAGAGCAGCUUCAAGUACUUGGUUGUGAUGAUCAGUGUGAGCAGGAAAUUCAGAGACAAAAUAAUUAUAGAAGGAUGCAGAGAUAAAAUCUUUCUAUUGUUUUAAAACUAAGACUUGUGGAUGGUUUCUUCAAUGCAAUACAUGUUUUAUUUCAAAGAAACUUUCUUCAGUUUCAAUUUCAAAAUUCUGUUGGAUUUUCAUUUGCCGACGCAGUAAAAAACUUUAAUAAAAAAAAAAUUAAAAAAAUGUUAUUUCUACCCUUUAAACUGUUGAAUAUUUUGGAACUUCUAUUUUAUUGAUUAAAAAAUAGUACGUCUAUAAAUCAAAAAUUGAUCAAUCAUUUAUGAAACAUCUUAUCUUUAUUUCCAGUGGUGUUGUUUCUUAAAUGACUUUCAGUUUGCAGUCGACGAGAGAGAUGUUCUCACCUAUUUUGAGUAAAAUGUGUGGGUUCCAUAGGGAGUGACAUGAAUAACUCAGUGCUGACUACAAAUUCUAAUUUUUUUUGUUUCAAUUAUCUCAUGGCUCAUACUUUAUGGCAUACGGGAAAGGCUACAAAUUUAAUCUGAAAUUGUUUAAGUAACAUAGGUAUAGAUAGGUCAUUAUCGGGUCCAGGAUUUAAUUUUGGGAAUAUAUAACGGUAAUUAGUUUGGAAAAAAAGAAAAUAAACUAACUACCUAUAUGAAUAGUGUUUAAGUGAUAGUUGAAGUCCUAUUAAAUGUAAUUACACGAACAAUAAUACUUUAAGAGAUAAUGUUUUAAUCGGUAUUAAGGGUGCUGACCUACCUCAUGCCACUUAUCUAUCUACCACUUGUCACAGGCAGAGCAUCAGUUGUGAAUUUAAAAUUAAAGAUUGAAUAAAUCUUAUGACUUUAUUUCCUUGUAACUAAUUUACAUAUCUUUGAUACUUCUGAAAUGUUAGGGUUGAUAUUGUGAUGAAUCAAAUCAGGAUUUUGGCCCAUAAUCACCUAAUAUAUUGUACAUGUACAUCAAAAUAAUAAGUAGUAGCUCACUUUAGUAUUGCGUCACUCUGCUUAAUCAUAACUUUUUAAAUGAUUCGUGAGCCAAAGCAGCAGCUCCUUUCUGGGAAAAAUCUUGGUCUUAUUAUCUCAAGGUUGUUCCUUUUACUCUUUCAUUAAAUGAGGAAAGAGAGCCAUUCUUGGCAAUGAGAGAUCAUUUUGAUGUGAUUUCAAUCACUAAUCAGGAUAUAAUAAAGUACAAUAACUUAUUCAUCAAAACAAUUUUGUCGUUAUGAUGUCCAAUGAAUUAUAGGAAAAAAAAAUUAGUUGAUUCUGUUUUGAU